GCAACCGCAACUCCCAGUCAGCCCAGCAAGGCUAGCAAACCCAACCAAUCCAGCCAGGCAAGCCAGGCGAGCAAAGAAGUCUUCAGCACCCUCUACCUCCGCAAGCUAGCCACAGAAUUCGCAGACGACCUCGACAAAGUACGCGAAGCCCCGGAUUUCAAAGCGAGUAGCGUGCCGAUGCUUAUUCAUGCUUUGAAGCAAGGGGAGACGUUGUUUAGUGGGGAGGAGAGGGCGAGGGUUGUUGGAGCU